AUGGCUUACUCCUCAACCCCCCCCCAAAUACCUCUCAGCACCAACCUCCCCGACGAAGACUACUCCGAAAAAGAGUCUCUCCCAGAACAAUUCUCCGGCCGUCUUUCCGCAGACUGGAAAGUAGUCUACCGGCAGGACUUCGCCAAACACCCGAAGGUCUUCCUGUGCUCGAACUGGGCGUAUCUUCGCUUCAAAGAUGAACUUAGACCGAACCAGCCAUUCCCGUACGCGGAUGAAGACCCUGACGAUACCACCAACUACACGGUAGACGAAUAUGUAACGAAGUUGGAGAGGGAGUUUGGCUUGGUUGUUUGUGCAGAUAAUGAUCCUAAACGGAUAUCUGUUAUUUGGUCUCCCAGUGGAAGUCCAAAAUCCGUGGGCCAUAUACAGGUCAAAUAUGAUGGGAACUGGGAGAGUAAGGUGUCGACUGAGUAUUGGGUCAUUACACAUGGAGAGAACGAUUUCCAGCAUCUCGUCAAUGGGAAUUUGGUGAGGAUGAAGACGUUCAAGAGAAGAUAG